AAGAGAAUUCGCUGUUUUUAGUGGUUGUACCCUGACAACCGUAACUAAGCUAACGAAAACAAAUUUGUGUCCAGUACUGGUAAAAGCUAACUAACUGAAUCACCGCUAGCUAAAUUUCGCAAGUAAAUUAACGGUUUCACCGGAAACGUCAUUGGUAUUCAGUAUACCAAACUGCAAAAAGCUAUAGCACAGCGCACUAGAUAAAAGUAACUGCCUGGGUAGAUAUAAUCAUGACAGACAAUGGUCGAAAGGAGGACGAGGAUGAAAGGAGUCCUGGAUUACAGCACCAGAUGUUUGUAAUUAUGGAGGACUUGUUAGAUAAACUAAAACUGUUGGAUUAUGAGGAACAAGUCCUUGGAAAGCACAACAUGAAACCACUAUCCAGGCAUUAUUUUGUCACAAAUUCUUACACAGUGAGUAACCCUGGUGAACAGUUCUACAUGUUCAGCGUCAUUGCAGCGUGGCUCAUCACACUAUGUGGCCAGUCGUUUGAAACACCACAAGAAUACGAUGACCCCAAUGCAAUUGUCUCAAAUGUCCUGAUGCACCUUAGGGCGCUGGGUGUGUUGGUUGACUUUCCCCCAACUAAGCUGAAGUCUGGUUCUGGGGAAUAUGUAUGUUACACCUUGGACCGCUUAGCAGAGGAAGCCCUGAAGUGUAGACAGUUUGUCUGGAAGAGGCCUCUAUACCCCUCAGAGGAACUGGAGGAGAAGUCAGUGAUUGGAGAUGAUGCUGAGCUCACACUCAGCAAAGUGGAAGAGUUGACUGAGGAGGCUGAUGAGGAAGAUGAUGUCAUUGAUCUGGAGGAACUGAAGUCCAGAACUAGUCAGAAUGAGGCGACUGGACUUAGACCAGAGAUGAUUCUGGAGUCAGUGACCAAUUCUGCAGAGUGGAAUCUGGAGGUGGAGAGGGUUCUACCCCAGCUCAAAGUCUCUGUAUGCACAGAUUUUAAGGAUUGGCGGAGCCAUGUGAACCAGAUGCAUCAACACCAGGAUGGCAUUAAAAGCUCUUUGAAAGAGGCUAAGGCUUUUCUGGAUAAACUGAUGGAGGAGAUCAGUAAGACUCAGGAGAAAGUGAGCAGCAGAGAGAAGUAUGUCAACACACAGCUAGAACACCUAAUCACAGACUACAGGAAUGCACAAUCAAAAUUGUGUGAGGCCAAGGAGCUGUAUCAGCAGGGCAGUGGAGGAGUAACUGAAAGAACCAGAGCAAUAGCAGAGAUCAGUGAGGAGCUUGAGAAAGUCAAACAGGACAUGGAAGAGAAGGGUAGCAGCAUGUCAGAUGGAGCUCCAGUAGUAAAGAUCCGGCAGAGUCUGACUAAGUUAAAGCAGGAGAUCCAGGAGAUGGAUGUGCGUAUGGGGGUAGUGGAACACACACUGCUGCAGGCCAAACUUAAAGAAAAGAACAACAUGACCAGGGACAUGCAUGCCACACACAUCACAGAGACUAGUACACACACUUACUCAUAACCAUCUUCUGUCUCUCCCUCUGUCUCUCAUUAGCUUACCGGCUGUAGGAUGAUGAACUGUUGCCACCACAGGGUGUCUGUCCAUCCGUCCAUCUGUCCACAAUUCACAAAAAUCGCUACUCUUCCCUGAGUUUUCAGUGGAUUUUGAUUCUGAUUGUUUUGUUGGGAAGUCUACACAAAAGUUAUCACAAGACCAGGGAGUUUCUCAUUAACAAGUUGCUAAUUAGGCCGAUGAGCAAACUUUCAGGAAAAUCACUACUCCUCCCUGAGUUUUCAAUGGAUUUUGAUUCAGAUUGUUUUGAUUUGAAGAUCAAAUUGUUCUAAUUGUUCUCAUGAGUAGCAGCUUGGCCAAUUAUAAAUGGUUCUGGUUUCUCAUGGUACAGCCAUGUGAGCUGUUGCGUCACUGAUGCUCUGGUGUGUGUGUGUGUAUAUAUAUAUAUAUAUAUGUAUGUGUGUGUGUGUAUGUAUAUGGGCGGCACGGUGGUGUAGUGGUUAGCGCUGUCACCUCACAGCAAGAAGGUCCUGGGUUCAAGCCCCGGGGCCGGCGAGGGCCCGUCUGUGUGGAGUUUGCAUGUUCUCCCCGUGUCCGCGUGGGUUUCCUCCGGGUGCUCCGGUUUCCCCCACAGUCCAAAGACAUGCAGGUUAGGUU